CCUCCGCCUGCCGAGAGUGAAACAAACAUGGCGACAGAGUGGAGUGGACAAGGAUGUAUGCUAACUUUAGUCGUUUUCCUCUGGAGCUUUGUCGGCGGGCGGACGGAUGGAGUGAGCGGCAGCGGCAGCCAGAUAUUUGGCAUGAGGCUAGAGAGGAGCGACAAGCCGGCCACCACGACGGAGGACGGCGUCAUUCAGGUGACGGAGGAGAGCAGCGUCCAGCUCAGGUUUUACGGGCUGCAGCUCAGCUCCGAGUCGUCGGCGCACAUCAGGUUCACGGAGCACGGAGGAGACGGCGGGGACGGAGCUGUGGACACACACGCGCCCAACAGGACUUGUGUAGACUUUACCAAAGACAUUGGCGUGGGCGCCUACAUGAACGUGAGCGGUCGAGGCACCUCAGGUGUGGUGAGUGUGAGCAUUAAGCCGCUCCGUAAGACCGAGAAGGAGAGGGAGUACAGCCUGUGCGUCAAGGGUCCGGAAGAGGAGUGGUACCUGUUGUCUGAGAACGAUGGCAGGUUAAGGGUGGUGGAGGAGAAGACCUCUCUCCUGCCCCUUUGGCUUCAGAUUAUUCUGGUGGCCUGCCUGCUGGUCCUGUCGGGCAUGUUCAGUGGACUCAACCUGGGGCUUAUGGCCCUGGACCCAAUGGAGCUUCGGAUAGUUCAGAGCUGUGGCACAGAGAAAGAAAAGAGGUAUGCCCGCAAGAUCGAGCCCAUUCGCAGGAAGGGCAACUACCUGCUUUGCUCCUUGCUGCUUGGUAACGUGCUGGUCAACACCACACUCACCAUCUUCCUGGACGAUUUGAUCGGCUCUGGCUUGGGUGCUGUGGUGGCAUCCACUGUUGGCAUUGUCAUCUUUGGUGAAAUUGUGCCACAGGCCCUUUGCUCUCGCCAUGGUUUAGCAGUGGGUGCAAACACCAUCAUGCUGACCAAAUUCUUCAUGCUCCUCACAUUCCCGUUGUCUUUUCCCGUCAGUAAGCUGCUGGACUAUGUUUUGGGGCAGGAAAUUGGCACAGUGUACAACAGGGAGAAGCUGGUGGAGAUGCUCAAGGUGACAGAGCCGUACAACGACUUGGUGAAGGAGGAACUCAACAUGAUCCAGGGUGCCUUAGAACUGCGGACCAAGACGGUGGAGGAUGUGAUGACACCACUGAACAACUGCUUUAUGAUCCGUUCUGACGCUGUGCUGGACUUCAACACCAUGUCCGAGAUCAUGGAGAGUGGCUACACGCGAAUACCUGUUUAUGAAGAUGAGAGAUCUAACAUUGUCGACAUCCUUUAUGUCAAGGAUUUAGCAUUUGUUGAUCCAGAUGACUGCACGACACUUAAAACUGUCACCAAGUUUUAUAACCACCCUGUCCACUUUGUCUUCCAUGACACCAAGUUGGAUGCCAUGCUAGAAGAGUUCAAGAAAGGUAAAUCUCACCUGGCCAUAGUGCAGCGGGUGAACAAUGAGGGAGAAGGAGACCCCUUCUAUGAGGUGCUUGGACUUGUUACGCUAGAGGACGUUAUCGAGGAGAUCAUCAAGUCUGAAAUCCUGGAUGAGUCUGAUCUCUACACUGACAACCGAAAUAGGAAGAAGGUAGACCCCAAUAAGAACAAGAGGGACUUCUCAGCCUUCAAGCAAGAAAGUGAAUCCAAGGUGAAGAUCUCUCCCCAGCUCCUCUUAGCAGCUCAUCGGUUCCUGGCCACUGAGGUGAGUCUCUUCAGUCCACUUCAAAUCUCAGACAAGGUCUUACUGCGAAUCCUCAAGCAUCCAGAUGUCAUUCAGGAGAUCAAGUUCAAUGAGAAUGACAAGCGCUCUCAGCAACACUACUUGUACCAGCGUGGGAAGCCUGUUGACUAUUUCAUUCUCAUCUUGCAGGGCCGGGUGGAAGUGGAGGCAGGCAACGAGAACAUGAAGUUUGAGACUGGCCCAUUUUCUUACUACGGAGUCAUGGCAUUAACUACUCCAUGCUUGGCUGUCACCCCCCCUCUCUCCCCCUCUGUGGUGUCGCCCCGGCCGCGGCGCCUUUCUCUUAAGAGGUUUUCUCUGUUCUCUCGCUUCCCAGAGUUCCGCUCGCCGUCGCACCUGAGUGGCCUGAACCGCUCUGCCUCACUGAGCUGCACGGAGAGAGUGGACACAUUGUCCAUCAGUGGCAGCAGUUCACAACUCAAUAAUGCCUCCAUCCCUCAGUACAUCCCCGACUUCAAUGUGCGCGCCCUCACUGACCUGCAGUUAGUGAAGGUCACCCGUGCUCAAUACCAAAACGGCCUUUUGGCUUCCAAGUUGGAUAGUACCCCCCAGUCUCCAGAGAGCAAUCACACCCGAUUGGACCCAGCUUCUCUAGCACCCCCGACACCUCCAGCUAACUCCACAAUUCGCAGUUCAGCACCACUGGCACCCAAAGAGGGUCCAGAUGAGACCACCUCACUACUUAAUGACAAGAACAGCCUAUCCAACCAGCGGCCCAGUUACCCUCACCCUCAUAGCCACCCUCAGUCCUAUGCUAAUACCAACUCCAACUCUAACCCUAACUCCAGCCCACACCUUCAACCCCACAGUCAUCCCCACCUUCAUAGUUAUUCUAGCUCGAACCCUCACAUGCAUCCUCAUGCCCCAAUACACACCAUUUCUCACACCCAUGCACAUACUGAGAGCACAAUCUGACAAAUCGUUUCAGGAGCUGGUUGAUAAAGCUCCAGAGAGGACCACAUCCACACACACACAAAAACCCAGACACAUAUAUCUAUAUAUACACAAAAACUUCUGCACAUGCUCCUUGGCUAUUUACAGACUGUAUGCAAACCAGUACACAAGUACUUAAACAGAUGAACUUUGGGGUAAGGUUUUUCUAAUCCUGCAGACAUGCCAUCUUUUCCUGCUUCUGUUCCUAGAUAGAUAGCACUUCACUAAACUGAUGUUCACAGCUACGCAGUCCGUUUCAGCAUAUGUGUAUGUUGUGUAAAGUCAAGUUUAAAUGCUACAUGCUCAGUUUGAGAUAAGGGGGCUAUGUCUGAUUCAGUCCUUUGGCUGGGUGAUGAGGACCAUUGCUAGAACUACUUUUGUCUGCUGUCACUCCAGACAUUGCAUGGUGAACAAAAAUAGACACCCCUGUCUCAAAUAUGUUGAAUAAGUGUUUCUGUAGCAUGCAAAAGCCAAAAAUGCCUUGGAAAUCUUACUUGGGCAUUUUUGAAUAGCGACGUAACAAUGUGUCACUAGUAUAUAAGAGAUAAUUGCAAGAUGUGCACUUUUUAUAACCUUAGAAUCCAGACCUAAAUGUUUGUAUGGUAUAUAGUUGUCAUUUUUUUUCCUCUCAGUUUUGAGGUUUUUGGACAUAUGACGAGAGCGCUCUUAAGCAUCAAUAGCCUUAUGCUACUAUUGCCAAGAGUACUCCAUGGGAACUGUGGUGUUUGUGUUAAAGUAACCAAGCCCCAUUUAGCACAAACAAUAUUCUUUUCAGAUAGAAAGUUACAUGCGGUCUGUUUUUGUAGUUUAUUGCACUUGAGUGUUUUAGUGCUUUCGCUUAAGGUUGAAAGCAGGUGUAAUACAAGCCAGGGUUCUUUGGCUUAUCACACUACAGUUUUAGAAUGUACGUACAUGUACAUGUUAAUACGAGGGAAAUUCUCUUGAACUAUGGUUAUGCAAAUAGCUUUAAAAAAAAAACAAGCAGUUGUUUGAUCUAGUAUAAGCAGAUGGUUCAUUGGUCAGAGAUCCACCUGUUUUUAUCCGAUGACUUUCAAUCCAAGCAGAGGAGAUCCAACCACAGCCCACAUUAAGUACAUAUAAUGCUGUAUAAAUAGAUUAUAAAAUAUUUAUUUUUGCUUAAAUUAAUUUGUGCAUGUAUGAUUAACUUUGGAUUGUUUAUAUUUUAUAUGAUUAGAUAUUAAUAUUUGGACACAUCUGUCAUAUUUUGUUCAUUUGAAAGGAUACGAUCUGACAAGAUAGUCCAGUACUAAAGUAGUUAACCUGCCACAGUUCUUUUCAACAAACACUUCUUGAAAACAUGAAUAUUAAUUUUUGUUCUCAAAGUUUUCAGAGACAUUCAUGUGGAAAUGCUCUAAUAUUCGAAGUAGUAAAUUGGAAUACAAAGAACUAAGAAUACAUUCCAGGCCUUGAAAACAACUGUAGCUUUACUGGUGCUGAGACAGAAUCCACUGUGAAUCAACAUCAAACUGUACAUCUAAUGUAAUGUAUUGUUUUCUCCCCACACCAGACCAAAAGCUUUCUUGGAUACUGGAAAUGGUUCUCCCUUUCUUACGAACCUAGUCGAAGGUCAAUGAAUUAACCCUUUAUAUUAAUGAAAUAUUGUAGUUGGUCCCCAUAGUGUUGUUAUAUUUGCUCUAACAUUGUAUUGUUCCCUGAUAACAUAGCUAUAGCAUGAGCAAAAUCUGGUGGUUGCAAAGCUUGUUCUGUCUGCUAGACCCAAAUAUUAGCUUAGGUGUUCUGCAGUUCCCAUUUCAUCACUUGGAAAUCAAAGGUUACUAUAAAGGGAGAAUAUUUGAAUCCUUGUCUUCGGUAUUCAUUGCCUAGAGUAGCAUCUGUGGUGUAGUUUGGUGCAUGCCUAAAAAGCCCCCUGGUUCACACACUGUCAUGUUAGCCAGUUAAUAUGUUUAGGUUAAAAUGAUCAACUAAUUUCUCAAACAAGUGAAUGGCGUUUUGUGUUUGAACAGUUUGCUGUAUCUGUGUUGAACGGUUUAAACUGGACUACUGUCCCAUGCUUCUGAGAUAUUUAUAAAAGUUUUGUUGCCUUUAUGAGAGGUCAAAAAAAGAGAAGCAAUAGUUAGUUAUUACAGGGGUUUAAUGUAAUGAUAUUGCACAAAGUGAUGAAAUGACUCGGAUGUUACCUCAGUUGACAAUGCAUGUGUGUACAAUUAAGUCAAUAUUCCUUUCGGGUUUGAACCAAAAUGUGUUUAGUUUUUUGUGAACAUAAUGUUUAUGACCAUGCAUUACUGUUUAACACGACCAAAGUUACAAUGCCGCUUUCAAAUUCACUGAUAAACACAACGGCCAAAGCUUUUUGCACUUUGAUCUGCCUGUAUCUCCUUCAGUAAUAACAGAGGUGACCCUGCUUGCCGGCUGGGUUUGCAUUGGAGACACUCCUGCAGCUCAGAACUAAUUAAAUUCCUUUGGGCUAGAGGUCCAGUCCAGUAAUCUGUUUUUAAUGUUCAUUGCCACUGCUCCUGAGUGACUUGUUGAGGUGUAACUGGCUUUUUCAGUACAGUGUCCUCAGUUUGAUGAUUUGUCAACAGUGGAGGUUAAAGAUUAUGAAUGUUUGCAGGAAAUGGGCCCAUUUUCCACUGUGCAUGAUUUACUUGUCAAUGAUUGUGGUCGUGCAUGUCAUAUGUUGGCCCAUGAACAAUAAAAGGCCUUGUCCAGCAAGCUAGCAUAGGUCUUUUGACCACUAAGGUACCAUAUUAUUCCUAGAAACAUGCUUGUCUUCCAUUUAUUUGCUGUGAAUUUGCCAUAGCAAACUUUCUUCAUUUUUACAAAAAGGAUGUUUUUUUUUCUUCUUCUUUAAAGGGAAAAUGUUUCUUUAAUAGAUUUGUGAUGGAAGUUUUUUCUCCCCACAGAUUAAGUUUUGCUGAGGGGUAGAUUUGAUGUGGUUUUCUUUUUACUAUACAAAUCACUGAGUUUGAUUAUUAAUAUAUCUGUGUUUCUCUUUUAAGGGAAGAAGAGUGUAACGAGCAAAUGUACUGUACCUCCAAUUAUCUUUGGUUGUUCUAUUUAAAGCAAUGUGUACAUAGUGUUUUAUAAUAAAUGCUGGAGAAGUUCUGAUGAAUAUGACAAUAAAUCUGAGAGAUCUAUUUCUCUAUAAAAACAGAUCCCCUUGAA